AUGGAGACUCCGCCUACAGUCUAUACCUACAGGGAGACAAGAUUAGAUUUGGAUUCGUCAAUACAAGAUUCUACUGUUGCGAUUCGAUUGCCUGCACCUGGCGCCCCAUGGUCUUCGAGAACAGCCCAACGACGACCGCAUUUAGUCGCAAUACCUGUCGCGGAGGAUGAGGAUCAAUUCAGACAGAGGCAUCUCGCUACAGCGGCAUCAAUCUACCAUCGCGUUCACCACAAGUCGCCAAGGAGCUUUCUCUGGAGGAUCUUGGAAGAUGGAAAGGUCCUCUCUAUUCGGGCUGUAGAUGUCUCGAGACAACCAAAUGUCGCGGAUGCGAAUCUCACCCUGCGACUGAGCUUCCCGAGUCGUAUUAUACCCACAUGUGUUGCGCUUUCGGAUUCAGAUGCUCACGAUGUUCUGAGCGUCUUCGUCAUGACCGAAUCGAAGUACCUAUAUACGCUCAAUUUUCGCCCCGAUCACUUUCGAAAACCAUCAAGCACGGAAGAUAACGUGGGGGACUGGUGCAAAUUAUAUUCGCAAUCCUCGUUGACCUUCAAGGUUUGCCAUAGACUGGUUGCAUUGGCGGCAGAUGUGCUCUUGCUGUCAUUCACCAAUGGCGAGCUAAUCAGGCUGACCAGAAAGUCUGGAGGCGAUGGCUCGGAAUGGGAGAAUAGACACUUCAACGAGGGCGGCUGGGGCAACAAUCUUCGAAGUUUCAUGCCAGCCUCGCUCCAAUCAAGUAACUCCAUCCACCCGUCAACAGCUACCGCAAUGACAAGUGUCACUUUAAAUGGCAUGUUGUAUUGUUUCACGGUUACCUUGGACCACCGGCUUAGAAUUUGGAACUUCAUUAAAUCCAAAAUUGUCUACAUGGAAGACCUUCUCGGCGAGGAGUUACAGGAGCCCGAAAAUGCGAAAAGAAUCGACCCGGAAAACUCCCAGUUAAUAAGAGUCUACAGCGAAAAUGAAGACACAGCAUUGUGCGUGACAUACUCACCACUUGGCGACGGUCAAUUCAAGUUUUGGAGAGUGUCUUCAGAAGGAGACGGAAAUCUCAGACUCAUAGAUCUUUUCCCAGAUAAUGUUCUCGAACCUCAGAGGAAUACACCUGUAGCUUGGACAAUGGCAGAUUUUGCCUUGGUAUUAGAUAAAGCCGACAUUAACAACUUCACCCUCUGGAUUCUAUGGAAAAACAACACUGCUUCCCGGGUUCAGAAGUUAUUAUUCGAAAGCGGCCCAGAAAGCCAGGUGCGGAACGCAUGGAGAGAAGAUUGGGUUGAUAUGGUCCCCGAGAACCUAGAAGUAGAUUCUCUCAAGCCAGCAGCCCAUUCGGGAGACUCUUCAGAUGUGGUUGAUCAGUGGCUCCAAUUUAUUUUAUGCCCCGGGAAGUUCACCAGAGCGACCAUUGAGACGAGCCUUAUUCUUUGCGCACAAAGCCCAGGUCACCAGGUCAAUCAAAAAAAUGCGACUUUGCCGGAGAGAAUUUGCUCAACUAUAGCAUCAGCCGCGUCUCUCAACCGUACAUUAGAUGGCAAGAUGGAUUACAAGCAGUUCCGCAAUACAGCCAACACCCAAUGGGGUUCAUUUUAUAAGGAGCUUCAGCUUUUAGACAAGAAGCGUGGAGAAGCUCUAUCGAUGGUGAUUGAUCCUCAAGGGGAUAUGCCAUUCGUUGUUUCGGCAGAUGGCAUUGUAGCUGUACGAGAAUGCAGUGGUUUGGAACGAGUAUGGUAUAAUAACAAGGAAGCAGUGGUACGUGAUGAUGACGAAUUCAGAGCACGCCCUAUCUUCGCCGCUUCAACCUUUCGGGAGCAAUUCUCGAUACAGGUACAACAAAGCUGCAAAGGCAUGUUGCUUGAAGAGAUCUUUGACGAGCCUUCACUUACAGACUUGGCGCGAAUGCGAAUGUUCUAUGACAUGUGUGAUUUCUCUAAUGAAGUAGGGGAGAUUCAAUAUAACGAGCUGGUGAAGAACCUCGGAGGCGACUUCAAAGAGUUCACUCUGGAUGUCUGCAAUGAUAUUCUGCAACUGAUGGCGCCUGCGGCGGACAUGGAAAAGCGGCCCCUAGAGCUUCCACUGGCUGAGUUUGGAAACAAGUUGGUUCUCAAGGGUGUCCAAAAGACCGUCGAGUUACACCAAAAAGUUUGUUUUGACUUUCUGGUGCUUCUUGUCUUCAUUGAGGCGGAAAUAAACAAUGGGGAGGAAGGAACCCAGUUUGAAACCGCAGCCGUCUUCCGCCAGCUGGUCUUUACAUUCAAGCGGCUCGAGCUCAUCAAUUGGCUUGUAAGCACUCAGAUAUCACUGCCUUUACCAAAGACGGGGCGGUCGAAUUCCAUCACAGAGAAGGCUUCGAAGAAACAGACUCCUAAAAUGGAAACAAUCACGAUUUUAGAAGGACUCCUCCGUCAUCUUUUUAGUUUGGAUCUGAAAGAGCGCGAAGUAAUGCCCAAAGCUGUGACAGAAGUCCUCCUGACAAUCUGCGAUCCCGAGAGCGAAUUUGAGCUUCAUCCGGCUCUCAUCCAGUGCUUCUUACUCAAGCACGAUCGGCCCGACCUGGCAAUGGAAUUUUCCAAAUUCGCUGGCCAAGAUGCAUUCUCAAAUUAUAUUCAAGGUCGCGUACACCUUGCCAAUAAUGAUCCUGAGACUGCUGCUAUUUUCUUCAAAAAGGCAGCCUUCGGUAUAUCAUACCAAGACUCAAAGCACGCUACCGACAACCACAGUGCUGGGUAUCUCGACGAGAUAGAGAAGCAGGCUCUCAAUGCGGGCCUCCCAAAAUAUUACGCCCACAUUGUCUCACUCUACGACCAGCAGAAUAUAUUCUCAUUCGUCAUCGAUUUUGCAAGAUUGUCUCUACAAUUUAUCCCACCCGGCAACGAGGAUAUCGCCUUGCGGAGCGACAUGUACAACAGACUCUUCACAUCCGCCAUCCAAACUGCCCGUUUCCACAUCGCGUAUGCCACCCUCUCACUUUUCACCGACCACGCAGUCCAACAUUCCUCUCUCCGCAAGCUCGUCACAAAAAUGUGCGAAACCUCCUACGCCAGCCAACUUAUCGACCUCCCAUUCAUUAGUCUCCAAGACUCCGUCGAUGAAAUCCUUGCCCAGAAAUGCCACAGCAUAGUAGACGUUAACGCGGGCAUUCCCUACCACAAGAUCCUCUACGCCUGGCGUAUAAAACGCGGCGAUUUCCGGGGCGCUGCAUCAGUCUCUCUAGAACGGCUACAACGGCUCCAACAAUCGGGUGAUGGGGAUCGAGGUGAUGGUCUCGAGACGCCUGUGACAAGGCAAUAUAUUCUUCUCAUCAAUGCUCUGAGCUGUGUAGAUCCCAAACAAGCUUGGAUACUGUCAGAAGAGCCCGUGAAGCCGGGGCAGAAUAAGAAUGGUGGAGCACAGGCGAAGAGGACGGUAGUCACGUUGGAGGAUAUUAGAAUGGAGUAUCAGGCAGAGUUAGAUCGGAUUGCGGCGAUUGAUAACAAUCAAUUUGCGUUUGAUGGAGGGGAUGAGAUGGAUGUUUUAUGA